AUGAACACCAUGCGCAAGCACUGGCAGAACAAGCACAGCUGGUCGCCAUAUCCCAGCCGUGGCCGUACAGCGCCACAAAAGCGUACGGCAGCACAGGAUGAGGUGGACAGAUCAUGCCAGAAGGUGCAGUUCCAGCAGAUAUUUGCAUCGCGCAAGGGCUCCCACUACAUACAGAUCCAGACUAAGGAGACUACUGAGCAUACCGGCACGCAAGACCAGAACAGAGCCAGCCAGGCCAUUGAUGAGCUGGAGCGGUUUUACCAGGAACAGCAACGGCAGACCAGCAAUGUCAUCCAGGCCGGGGAGCACGAUGAAGCCAACCCAUGGCUGCGGCGGACCAGAUGGCCGGUGUACUUGACCAACAUCGCACCCAAUGAUCUGGUCAACUGCGUCCAGCGGCCCGAGGAUGACACCACGUGCCCAGAUGAACUGGCCGCGAGGGCCAUCUGGGAGGCCAUGGGGCAGGUUGCCCGUACCAGCCAGCGAGUCAUCACACGGCUGGGCCACUUCGUCCGCAUCGAGGCCAUCCGCACAGAGCGACACCAGACCCGGCACACCCCGUUGCAGGCGUACAUGGACGAGGAGAGCAUCGCCGAGCACGUCGAGCAUGAAUGGACGAGCCCACAGUACCGGUUCACACCACGGCAGCGCAAGACAUGGAGGGUAUUAUGGCAGGUAGCCACCACAGAGGGAGCCGACCAGCGACACCCCAUCAGCCCAGACCCCAUGGAUGAGCAGAUGACUGAGGAAGAAGAAGAGGAGGAGGAGAAGGGACAGAGAGAUACGCAGUCAGAAGAAGAAGAUAAGUUCAAAUCAACCAAGAUCCAGAUGGCAUGUUUGGAUUUUUGCAUUGAGCUGCUGGACCAGCGGGUUCAGGUGGAGGAUUAUGAGUGCGCGCUG